AUGGGUAUGGCUGCAGAAGAUCAGUUUCAUGUAUUGGCUGUUGAUGACAGCAUAAUUGAUAGAAAGUUGAUUGAGACCCUCCUCAAGAUUUCUUCAUAUCAAGUUACGGCAGUAGAUUCUGGAAGCAAGGCUCUAGAGUUUCUUGGUCUGCAUGAAGAAGAUGAACAAAGUGAUGCAAAUAUUCCCUCUGUUUCCCCAAGCAACCAUCAUCAAGUUUUGGAAGUAAAUUUGAUUAUUACAGAUUACUGUAUGCCUGGAAUGACCGGCUAUGAUCUCCUUAGAAAGAUUAAGGAAUCUAAAUCGCUUAAGGACAUACCAGUUGUCAUCAUGUCAUCAGAGAAUGAACCAUCAAGAAUCAAUAGAUGCUUGGAAGAUGGGGCACAAGAAUUCUUUUUGAAACCAGUUCAGUUAUCAGAUGUAAACAAGCUCAGGCCCCAUUUGUUAAAGGGUAGUUCAAAGGGAAACCAACACACCAUCAACAAGACAGAUGAGGCCACAAUGGAACAAGAAAAUCAGUCAACCGAGAGACAGAGAAACAUUUUAUACCAUGACUUGGAAGUGGUCCAAUUAGAAUUUGAUAAUUUAUAAAAAUUAAUGGUCUCUUUAGAUUUAUUAA